AUGUUAUGCCAUAUAUGGAGAACUGAGUCAGCAUUAUAAAACACCAUAGGCUAGAUAUAUUACCGAGUCACUUGUGCGCGUUGGCGUGUUUGUGACGUAGGCAGCACACCUAGAAAUUUAACGUAAAAUCGUUUGCACUGAGAGGAGUUAAGUUGUCAUUUAAAUGAGAGUUUAUGGUGUGGCUUCAGUUGCUACUUUCUAGAAAAGCAUAUGUAUUACCGUUAUAUCAUCGAAGCCCAACAUUGAUUAGGAUACCACUGUGUAUGUUUUACAUUAUUAACGACAACUUGAAGACGUGGCUAACGCUAAAUGGCAGGCAUAGUGAUGGAAGCAACUUUAUAUGAUGAAUCUCCCUCUCGCUACAUGUCUGAUAUACGAGUGUUGAAAAGAAAUAUGACUCUAGACUUAAAUAGUGUAAAACAAAAUUCUCGCCAAAAAUUUGAUCCGCUAUUGACUUCGCCUGAUUUGAAAAUGUUAAAAUUAAGCACGCCAGAAGUGGAACGUUUCAUUACACAAAACGGAGGAGUGAAUUCGGCACCUACACCUUCACAGUUUUCCCUAAAAACUGUAAGUGAAGAGCAAGAACAGUAUGCCAGAGGUUUUGUAGAAGCACUGAACCAGCUACAUCAGUCUACGGCACCUAGUGCAGGUAAUGUUAUCCCACAACCAGUACCAGUAACUACGGGUACUAUGUGUCUUCCCUCUGUUACAGCGGUGAGCAACAGUACAUGCACCAUGUUGCCCUAUCAGCCCCAAUCGUUGACCCAAACAAAUGUUACUAUGGCCGUCUCCGACUGCAUGCAGCCAUCCGCCUUAGAAUCCGCUCUGCCUGCUACAACAAGCGGCCAACAUUAUACAGUUAGUUCUAACAUCAGUUACCCGGCAGGUCGAACUGCAUUAACGACCGUAGUCCAAAAUAGCAGCCACCUUCCAGGUCCAGUAAAGGAAGAACCCCAGAUUGUUCCAAGCCUCGGCCAGUCUCCACCACCGAUGUCUCCUAUCGACAUGCAAGACCAAGAAAGAAUUAAAUUAGAAAGAAAAAGACUUCGUAAUCGUAUCGCAGCUAGUAAGUGCCGUCGUCGUAAACUUGAGCGAAUCGUCAUAUUGGAAGAAAAAGUUUCAAUGAUGAAAGGUGAAAAUAGUGAACUAAGCGCAAUAGUAAACAAACUCCGAGAACAAGUUGCUGCUCUUAAGCAGCAAAUAUUGGAACAUGCCAAUAGCGGCUGUCAAAUCUUGAACAGCAACAAUAAUAUGAUGUCUUUCUAAUAAAUAAGUUGUAUGCUCGUUAUUGGUGGUUUGCGUAAGCUUAGCUCAACAGCUUUAGAUUAAUUUGAGACUGCUGAUCAACGGGACCGAGAUUUAAGUCUGCGGUGACAUUAGUGUACGUUUUGAACACAAAAUGCUUCGCUUCUCUAUUAUUGGAAAGACCUAUUAAAACUUAUCCAUACAGCUUUAGAAUUGUUUGAUACUGUUGGACAAUGGGGUCGAGAUGAGUGCGCUGAUUUUAUUGUACGGUUUGACUACAAAUUAAAAUACGUCUUAUUGGAAAGACCUAAACUGUACAAAAGCAAGAGUGGUAAAUAGGCUUUCUGAACAGAGGUAUAAAAUAACCUUUUUUAAUUUGCUCAGUUAUUUUGAAAUUGUAUUUGAAGCAUUUUUGUGAUUUUUUUCCAUCUUAUGUGAGAAAUACUACAAGCUAAGAGUGAGUUUACUUUUGUUGAUAAAAUGCGAAUCAACUAGAAAGUUCUUAGGCCAAGCAACUGUUAAUUUUUCAAUCCAGUAUUCUAUUAGGCCUAACUGGUAGUCAGUGAAACAAUCAUGGGGAUCUUGUAAAUUGAAAUUGUGAUACAGUUAAUGUUUUUUCCUUAUUUUUUUAUAUACAAAAUAUACAAUUUCUGCGUCAUGUUUUGCUAAACAAAGAAUUUAUGUUAACUAAAAGUGCUCUUACUCUGGAAACUUCCGUACGUUUAACAUGUGGUAGGCUUAAAGCAGUUUUGCAAGAUUUAUACUGAUAGUGAUAUCUAUCAUGCAACGUUAUUUUUUAAAAUUGAGCAGGUUAAAAUUCGACAGAAUCUGUCAUCUUCCCGAGAGUGCCAAGAAAAUGAAUCUUCUAUAGACCGAACGUAUAAUUUAAUAAUAUACAAUGAACUUCCCCUGUACUUGAAACUCGUAAUUGAUGCGAUAAAUAUUUAUUAGUGAUUUAGUCUAAAAAGUAGAAUCAAGGUUUAUUUUUGUUAGUAUUGGAAACAAACAAUUUGCAUCUUGUAGUCUGCUACCAGUCAGCAGGAAGAAAAUAUUUGAUAUUUUGAUGUCCAUAUGAUAAAUUAAGAAAAUGCACUGUAUAGAAUUUUGAAACAAAAAAGAACUAAAUAUUUGAUUUGUAUGUAAAGAAAUGGUCUUAGAAUAUUAACAGCAUAGAAUGCCAGUGCUGGUUGUAUUUGUUUAGUGCUUUGGUGGUUGCCUGAGUCAGUACAGGCAGUAGAUAUGUCAGUUCCCCACGACCCUUAACGUUAACCAGACAGUCUUAUCGAUUUUCCACCAUUAUAUUACAUAUGCUAAAGAUUUCUUAACCACUAUUAUCAAGAAUUUUAGAAAACGAUAUGAAGAGAAACUUAAAUAUCGUCCAUCCAUCGAACCUAUGAAAACUUCGUCCUACAGACACGUGCUUUAAGAAAACCAUGACUAUGGAAAUAAAUUCUUUUUAUAGGGAAUAUUUUUCUUGAUAUGCAAGAGGCAAAGGAGUUUACAUCAAGUAUUUGUAUUACUAUUACCAAAAAAAACAAAAAACAUUUGUAUAAAUUGUACUUAAGUUAUGUUUAUAAAAACUUUAUCUAUGCAGAUGUCUUGUGUAACGAUAUAUUCUAAGUCACCAGUUAAUAAAGUAUUGAUAUUUAGUGAGAUUUCAAACAUUUGUAAAUAAAAGCUCAUUAAAAGUUUUCAAGGGCUUUAAA